AUGUGUGAGAGUGUAGUAGAUGGAUCAUCUCACCCACAUCACUGCAGCAUUCUCCUGAUUAUUCUCGCGCAAAUCGACAUUAGGGCGGACAGAGAUCUGUCUGUCCGUGUUUCUCGGUGCGUCUCAGUCCGUCUCGGUGGAUUGGUGUCGGUGUAGAGGAUCGCGGCUGCUCGGUAAGAUGCUGCAGCUCUGGCUGUUGUUAGCGUGAGCGUCUGUCUCGUUGCCGCGGGAGGCCAGAGCUCCGCCCCCUCACUCACACUCGCUGUCGCCAUGACGACCUCGGCCCUGCGGCGGCAGGUGAAGAACCUGGUGCACAACUACUCUGAUGCGGAGAUCAAGGUGCGCGAGGCGACCUCUAACGACCCCUGGGGCCCGUCCAGCUCGCUGAUGUCAGAGAUCGCCGAGCUGACCUUCAGCGUGGUGGCCUUCAGCGAGGUCAUGGCCAUGGUGUGGAAGCGGCUCAACGACCACGGCAAGAACUGGAGACACGUCUACAAGGCUCUGACGCUGCUGGACUAUCUGGCCAAGACGGGUUCGGAGCGGGUGGCUCAGCAGUGCCGUGAGAACGCCUUCACCAUCCAGACGCUGCGUGACUUCCAGUACGUGGACCGGGACGGGCGCGACCAGGGCGUGAACGUGCGUGAGAAAGCCAAGCAGCUGGUGGCGCUGCUGCGGGACGAGGAGCGUCUGAGACAGGAGCGAGCGCAGGCACUCAAGACCAAAGAGAGGAUGGCGGGCGGCGGCGGGGUGAGCAGCGUCCCUCCGGCGUGUCCCAGCAGACGCAGCAGUCAGCCCAGCAUGGCCGCGCUGUACGGAGAAGAGUUCACCCACUCCAGAGGAUCGCCCGCUUCCUUCAACUCGUCCUCCUCGUCUCCUCGAGCGUCUGAUCUGGAACAGACUCGACCGCAGACGAGUGGAGAAGAAGAGCUUCAGCUGCAGCUCGCGCUGGCCAUGAGCAGAGAGGAGCAGCGCAGCCGUCAGGGGGACGACGCUCAUCUGAAGAUGGUUCUGGAGGAGAGUGAGGGCGAGCGAGACCCGCGGCCUUCAGAGUCAGCCAUGAUUGAUCUGGUGGAUAUAUUCUGUCCCACGCCUGCUGCGCCGGUGAGCGAUGACCCCUGGGACGCCCCGCCCACCUGCCCCGUGAACUCUGACCCCUGGGAGUCUGUCGCUGUAGUUAAGUCUAGUAACCCGGGAGCUGAUGGUCCCUGGACAGCCCGCCCUUCCUCCAGUAGCCCCGCCCACCCUUGGGGAACCCACCAAUCACCUCCUGAGCCCUGGGAUGCCCCUCCUUCAAACUUCAUCUCUAAUAUGGAUGAAGAAGCCUGGGGGAGCCCAGCACGACCAGUGUCGCAUGUGAAGGACCCAUUUAGAGUUCGAGAGGAGGAGGAGCUUAGAGUGGAAGGGGAGGAGCCUAACGCUGAGCAGGCGGGGCCAAUCCAAGUGUUCAGCCCUCGCUGUGAGAGUCCUGCAGAUGCUGAUCAGUUUGGUGAGUUGGUGGCUGGUGUUCAAGUGAACGGUCAGGCAAAUUACAGUCCAGAGCCCUUUGACCUCUCUCGCCUCGGGCCUCCUCUGGACGUGGUGAACCCCAGACAGUGCCGGACCCCCGAGGCAUUCCUCGGCCCCACCGCUGCAUCCCUCGUCAACCUGGACACGCUUAUUCCAAGCAAUGCACCGGUCAAGAGCAAAAACCCCUUCCUGUCAGGUCUGAGCACACCAUCUCCCACAAACCCCUUUCACUGUGAGCAGCCCAGACUUACUCUGAAUCAGAUGCGUCCUCACUCCACGUCACCGCUGCCGGCUCACGCUCUGUCCUACAGCGCCUCCCUCCCGCUGCCCGUCCUGCAGCAGAAGCCCCAGACUCUGCCCUCUUCCUACACGCAGCCGCACCACGGCCUGCUGGAUAUGCCCAGCAACCUGCCGCAGCCGCUGCUGCCCCUCACGGCCUCCACCCAACAAACACAUCACCACGGCCAAAGCCACAACCCCUUCCUCUGAGGAACUGCAUUUACACCUGGGAAACAGAUACUGAAACCAGAUUACGGCGAUUCAGUUUCAGAGUGAACAGACUGAACAGCUGACCUAAAACCUAAAGAUUAGGAAACCGAGACCACACUAAAGAGCUUAUCUGAAGCCUGAAAAUGGGAAACAGAACAGAGACUGGAAGUGGAUUACAGUUAUUUGUUUUUAGUGUGAAUGGACUAAAGAGCUAAUCUGAAGCCUAAAUAAUGGGAAACAGAGACUGAAACCAGAUUACAGUGAUUCGUUUCAGUGUGAACACACUAAUGAGCUGAUCUGAAGCCUGAAUAAUGGGAAACAGAGACUGGAAGUGGAUUAAAGUUAUUUGUUUUCAGUGUGGAUGUACUAAAGAGCUAAUCUGAAGCCUAAAUAAUGGAAAACAGAGACUGAAACCGGAUUACAGUGAUUCGGUUUCAGUGUGAACACACUAAUGAGCUGAUCUGAAGCCUGAAUAAUGGGAAACAGAGACUGGAAGUGGAUUAAAGUUAUUUGUUUUCAUUCUGGAUGUACUAAAGAGCUAAUCUGAAGCUUAAAUGAUGGAAAACAGAGACUGAAACCGGAUUACAGUGAUUUGGUUUCAGUGUGAACACACUAAUGAGCUGAUCUGAAGCCUGAAUAAUGGGAAACAGAGACUGGAAGUAGAUUCAAGUUAUUUGUUUUCAGUGUGAAUGUACUAAAGAACAAAUCUGAAGCCUAAAUAAUGGGAAACGGAGACUGAAACCAGAUAACAGUGAUUUGUUUUCAUUGUGAAUGGACUAAAGAGCAGAUCUGAAGCCUGAGUAAUGGGAAACGGAGACUGAAACCGGAUUACAGUAAUUUGGUUUCAGUAUAAACACACACUAGAGCUGAUCUAAAGCCUGGAUAAUGGGAAACCAAGACUGGAAGUGUAUUACAGUUAUUUGUUUUCAGUGUGAAUGUACUAAAGAACAAAUCUGAAGCCUAAAUAAUAGGAAACGGAGACUGAAACCAGAUAACAGUGAUUUGUUUUCAGUGUGAAUGUACUAAAGAACAAAUCUGAAGCCUAAAUAAUAGGAAAUGGAGACGGAAACCAGAUAACAGUGAUUUGUUUUCAGUGUGAAUGGACUAAAGAGCAGAUCUGAAGCCUGAGUAAUGGGAAACGGAGACUGAAACCAGAUUACAGUAAUUUGGUUUCAGUAUAAACACAAUAGAUCUGAUCUGAAGCCUGGAUAAUGGAAAACCGAGACUGGAAGUGUAUUACAGUAAUUAGUUUUCAGUGUGAAUGGACUAAAGAUCUAAUCUGAAGCCUGAAUAAUGGGAAACGGAGACUGAAACCGGAUUACAGUGAUUUGGUUUCAAUAUAAACACACACUAGAGCUGAUCUGAAGCCUGAAUACUGGAAAACCGAGACUGGAAGUGUAUUACAGUUAUUUGUUUUCAGUGUGAAUGGACUAGAGAUCUAAUCUGAAGCCUAAAUAAUGGGAAACGGAGACUGAAACCGGAUAACAGUCAUUUGUUUUCAGUGUGAAUGGACUAAAGAGCAAAUAUUAAACCUGAAUGAUGGGAAACAGAAUCUGGAACUGGAUUACAGUGGUUUGGUUUCAUUGUAAACAGACUGAAGUGCUGAUCUGAAGUCUAAAGAACUAUUUAUGGUUGGUUUUUAGCAAAAGUACUUUUUCAAUAAGACGAUACACAUUUAAUGCUGGCUGACUUUACUCGUUUACAUGCGUUUGUCUGUAUUCUAUGUGAAAAUAUCUCAACCUGGAUUAUCACAUUUAUUGCGAGCUUAAAGUCAACAUGAAAUCCUGUUUUUAUUGUGCACUUAUAGGGUUCCCACUCUUUUUCAGUUAUCCUUUUCCAGGAGAUUUUUUAUGUAAUAAGAAAUAGGGGUUAACUAAAAGGAACACAGUCUCAACAUAUUCGUAUCUCCAAAAUGCUUUAAAACAUAGAGUUAAUGGCAAUGACUUAACUAGUAUCUGCUCUUUGAUAUGAGUUCUUAAUUAUACAUUACAAAAAAUCUAUAUAUUUUCAGAACCAAUUUCAGUAACAUAGCAAAAUAAAAGUAUUUAAGUAUUUAUUUAUUCAUUCAAAAUAUUGUUUUAUUUUAAUCUAAUGUAUUUGUUUACUCUAAAUUUUAUUCCCAGUAUUUACCCUAUUUUUUCUGUAAACAUUUGCAGUCUUUUCCAAAACUCUCUUAUGUGCCCCUGGGAUAAAAAAAGAAAUGUAAUAAAUAAAUAAUAACUAUAUAGUUGCAUGGGCAUUUUUAAGGCUACUCAUUUAGGUAGUUUUACGCAAAUAGUAAAUGUAGUAACUUAAUGCUGGUUAAUAAAAUGCAAAUGACAGCAAUAAUAGCCAUUCUGGUAUGUAAUGUCAACUUUUUACCAUAUCAACUCCUGAUGGAUAAAAUCCUAUCUGAAAAUCCAAAAUCACGUCAUAUUUUGGGUUGUGAUCGUCGUUUCAUGUUGACUUUAUGAUGUUGGCUCGACGCUUUGCUCUUCUGCUGCACAGGUACAGCAUGCUGCUAAUGAACUUAUGGAGGGGUUAAAUGUAAAUGUUUCAGUCAAAAGCACCCCGUAUGCCGGAUAAACGGAGGGAAAUUUCAGGAACACAACAGAACUAAUGAAUCUCCACCAGGAUCAAACUCAUCAUCCUCCCCUCAUUCCUCGUUUCCUUUCUGUUGCCUUCAAUAGAUGGAUCUCCUGCAAUGAGAUCCGGCACUGACUGUAACCGAGCUCCUCCACGUGCCUGUCUCACCGACAGUCCCACAAUGCACUGGGGCUGGCGCCUCACUUCCUGUUCAGAUCUCAGGAGCGCCACCCACAGGAACCUGUAUAGCCUAUUAAAACUCACUGACACUGUCUGUCUGAGAGGAUUGCUAUAGACUCUAUAUACGUCAAUGCUGAAUUAUCCGAUGCUGUUAUUUCCUCAGCUCAGAAAAGUGAUUGAAGAACAAGUACCAGCUUUACUGUUCAUCACUGCUCUUGAGUAUGCCAUCCAGUUUGUUCUAGUAAAGGAGAAACAGGUUAAUCAUUUAAUCCACUACGAGUUAAAUGGUGUAUAUUAAAGACACAAAUAAAUGAAUGUUAUUCACUUUUAA